AUGCUAGAAGACCGCGACCUGUGGGACAUGAUAAGCGGCGACGUUAAUCCAGAGCACUGCCUUACGUUUAAGGACAAAGUGACGUACAAGCGGAAGGGAGAGGAAGGCUUUUGCGAUCAUCUUUCUGGAGAUGGAAGACUCGCAGCUUCCACUGGUGCGUCGUCACUCGUUGCUUACAACGCAUGGACGACGUUGGUGAUGUACUUCGAGAAGAAGAGUCUCGCGAACAAGCUCUUUUACUUCGUCGUCAGUUGCAACAGUCAUGGAAGAUGA